CGUAGACUCAAAGCCGGAGUCGAAACAGCGUUUGGCAGAGGUGGCGUUACCGAUGCUGUGUUUUUGCGACGAGCGUGUGGUGCCACAGUGAGCCAAAGUUUUUGUAUGAGUUGCGUUUAGGGAGAGGCGAAGGGGGAAGGCCUCAGUCCUCGGCCUGGAUUUGCUGUCAUGGCCGGUAAUUUCGAUGCCGAAGACCGUGCUAGCUGGUACUGGGGACGGUUAAGUCGUCAGGAAGCGGUGUCCCUUCUGCAGGGACAGAGGCAUGGCGUUUUCUUGGUCAGGGACUCGAUAACCAGUCCCGGUGACUACGUGCUAUCUGUUUCGGAAAACUCCAAAGUGUCCCAUUAUAUAAUCAACAGUAUCAGUAACAACCGGCAAUCUGGAUCAGGGUUGGCCCCACCUCGGUUUCGUAUCGGGGACCAGGAGUUUGAGGCCCUACCAGCCCUGUUGGAGUUCUAUAAGAUCCACUACCUAGAUACCACUACGCUGAUAGAGCCUAUUAGCAAGGCCAAGCACACAGGCUUCAUCAGCUCCUCUGCAGUUGGGGUCCCCCAGCAGCCAGAGGAGGCAGAGUUUGUUCGUGCACUCUUUGAUUUCCCUGGUAACGAUGAGGAGGAUCUCCCGUUCCGUAAGGGAGACAUUCUGCGGGUGCUGGAGAAGCCUGAGGAGCAGUGGUGGAACGCUGCCAACCAGGAGGGCCGUGCCGGCAUGAUCCCUGUACCCUACGUGGAGAAGUAUCGGCCAGCGUCACCUACCUCUGCAGGCCUAGGGGCUCCAGUGCUGGGGACAGGGCAGGUGGCGCAUGUUGGUGGAGUAGCAGGCAGCACGGACGGACCAGGGGCCGUUUGUCCUGGGGCCAAUCCUCUGGGGGAUCCAGGCCAGUAUGCUCAGCCUGUAGUCAACACCCAGCUUCCCAAUCUUCAGAAUGGACCAGUAUAUGCCAGGGCUGUUCAGAAGAGGGUGCCUAAUGCAUAUGACAAGACAGCCCUUGCUCUGGAGGUCGGAGACAUGGUGAAGGUGACCAAGAUCAACGUUAACGGCCAGUGGGAGGGUGAGUGCAAGGGCAAACGGGGCCAUUUCCCCUUCACGCACGUUCGGCUAUUGGAACAGCACCAUCCUGAUGAUGAGAGCUGAGAGAGAGAUACACCAUCCUCUCAUUUUGGCCAUGUCUAGCACAUCCACUCUCUUUGGCUCUUUUUGGUCAUGACCCAUCCAUGAAAUACACACUCACACAAGCAUACAGAAUAUGGAUUGUGUUGCAUCGGCCGAGCACCCCGACUCUGCCAAAUGAGUUCAGUGGUUAAUAUCUCACUGUGUCAUCUUAACAAUGUGCAUACAAACAAAUAUAUAUACAUGUUGUCACCCAUUCAUACUUGCAUACAAGAGUUUACCCCUAAGCCAGUAUUGAAGUCCUGGUACACAUACACAGCAGAAUUAACCCACCCUCCUUUAGUGGUUUCUGUGAACCUGCCCACUCCUUUCAUUCAGAGACAGAAGGGAAAAGAGGAGAUGAAACGCUUCUCUCAUAGAAUCAUGAGUCACUGCUUUCCCAGUGCUAGACUGAUAAACCUCCAGGUGAGAGGAAGAAAAAAUGCUUUUCAUGAUGACUCCCUCUUGUGGAGAUGGACGGUCCUGUGACUGAGGCAGCAGCCACUGCCUUCCGCACAAAGACUUCAACCAGGAGGCAAGGAUAUGUACCACAGGAGACCCUAUUCUGACCAAACCUACUGCUUCUUAUCUUCCUAUUACAUCCCACACACUACAAACCAAGUCCUUUUUUGUACUAAAAAUGGAAAAUAUUAUAGAAUUGACUAUAUAUAUGCACACCAUUACAUGCUAAAUACUGUACACGUUUUUCCUCCUUUGUAUUUGAUUUUCUUAUACCAUUUGUGAUACGAGAGACUGUAUGUUGGUUAUUAUAUGUGCUCCUCCAUAAAACACAAUUUGUCACCAUCUCCAACUGUAGUUAAAAUCGCUAUGCAGCAAUGUUUAAAGUAUAAAAGAUGCAGGCGCUUUCAAAAAGGGGGGGAAUUCCUUCUGGCUACUUAAGAAGGUGAUGUGAUGGUGGCAGCAUUUUUUCCCCCCUUUAUCAUUCUUAAGAUGGUUUAAUUGAAGAGGGUUUAACCUAGACCAGAGAAUAGCGGUCGGUGUGAGUGGGUGGGGAACACUAGUCUCUUCCUCUCUUUCACAGCUGCUCUUCUCAUCUUAAAGCGGGGACAUGCUUCAGCAUAGGUACACGUAAACCUCUCUGCAACACAGGAAGGAGAAGGGGUGUAUCAGUGAAAAUGGCUUGCAAAGGAUGCAGAUGGGCUGCAGACAGGCACACCUCCAAAAAUUGUGUGUGGUUGAGCAUCAAACCAACGCCAGUUGGUCAAGCAGGGAAGGCUGUCUGUUAGCAUGAUGACAAAACCAAAACAGUAAUGUAUAAAUAAAGGAUAAAGGGGCUGAUAAAAAUUUACAGAAAGACAGAACAAAUAAAGUAGAUUUUACAUGCCCAGGGUUUUCAUGCUGUAUGUUGUUAACGUUUAUUUCUGUUUCCAGAUUUCUUUUGCUUUCUUGUGUAAUUUGGUUUUGUUAAUGCAACACUGCUGUCCAGGGCAACCACAAGGGCUUCGUGCAAAUAUGUAGAAAAACACCUAUGUGCACAUUGACAAUGAAACAAUGCUCCCAAACGUGCAUAGGUUCAUGCAUAAAUCUAUCUUAACUGCUGCAUUGUUUUAUCCACCCACUGGUUUCCCAUGCCAAAGGCACUAGGCAUAUGCCAGACAUACAAAAUUG